AUGGACGAACUUGGAGGCGCGGUAAAUCCGGACAUGAUGCUGCAGAAUCCUGGAAGAGUUAACGACAGUGAGCACGAGAGCGACAAUUCCGAUCAUGGAAUGAGAAGCGCCCAACUAGGGCUUAUCCUUCCACGGGCAAUCGACCAGCAGAUGCAUGAUGCGCCGCCGUUAUCCGAACUGGAGCAGCUAUUCGAGCCGUAUCCCAAUCAGCAGCAUAACAGCUUGGCUACUAGUUUCACUCCCGGAAGUGGCAUGACGGAUUCUUCGUUCGCCGACUUAGAAGCACUAUUCCAGGAGGAGUUGGAACCGUUGGACUUUCUUCUAGAUUGGACUACGGUGGGUGGGGACACAACGAUGAGCGACGAUAUUCUGCGGGCAUCUGUGGAUACCCACGAUCUCCUCCAUGCGGACAACUCGAUGGGAAGCAUAGGGUUCUACGUUCCAACCCCCGGGGCUGAGGGCACGCUGUCAAAUCUGACGCCUCGGAGUUUGCCUCCUCCCACCUUCGAAGAACCAAUGCAGGCGCACCAGCCCCAGCCGCCGGCGCAUCAGCAACACCAUAGUCACUAUCACCACCACCACCAAAAAAGCGAGCAGAAUCAGAGCUCGUCGGUUUCGAGCACCGAGGGCGGGUCGAGAUAUUCAACCGGGCCAGAAAGUGAUGAUAUGGUUGAGAGGACGAAUCUUCCGGCUUCACCGAGUCCUUCUAUCGCAUUCUCCCGAGCAGCAUCUCCCGCUACCGAAGCAUCGAGGAUGUGCAGUACCGACUGGUCCGAGCCCAGACUUUCCGAUGGACAUAUUUCCUUCCCUCUGAUGCCGCCAGACGUCGACGAGCUCUUCAACGAGGAGGAAGACCUUGCACACGUACCACCGGUCGGUCAGGGGUUCCGUGAUCAGUUGGAGAAGGCGUUGAAGAUCACACAAUCUUCAUAUACCUGGACACCCAUCUCGGAUGCAGUCAUACCACCGCUCAACGUGUUGAACGCUUUCAUUCAGCUUUAUUGGGAAUAUUUCCACCCACUCCUUCCGUUCUUACACAAGCCAACUUUCGAUCCGACUGCAGAUUCCACACACUGGAUCUUGGUGCUAGCUGUGGCGUCGGUUGGGGCAAGAUAUUCCCGUGUGGAGGGUGCGGUGGCAUGUGGAAUUGCGCUUCAGGAACUGUUGAGACGGAGUAUACAGUUGACGUUGGAACACGAUUCCUGCGUUGUCCGCAAGCUGUGGCUGGUGCAGACCUUCACGUUGGAUCACUUCAACAUGGUUUAUUCCGGGAGCAAGAAGCACGUCGAGGUCGGGCAGACAAGUCGAAACGCGCCAGUAACGGUGGGACGUCGGAAACGAUGCUUCAAGGAUACCAUCAAUGUCGAGGAACUCACGGCGGAUAUGACGUUGGAAAAGAAGUGGCGGAUAUGGGUCAUGGACGAACAACGGCGGCGUGCGGGAUAUGCGAUAUGGUUACUCGACUGCGAAUACGCCCUGCAUUCGGAUGUCCAACCGCUGCUGAAUAUGGUAGAGAUGCAGAGUCGACUUCCGUCAGAUGAACCGCUCUGGGAUGCCCCGACUGCGUCCGCGUGGAGAAAUCUCUUUGUGCCCUCACGAGGAAAAGGACCCCCACCUGCACCGACCUUCAAAGAGGCUCUGACCUCCCUUUAUGCUGGUAACGAUACGGGAAUACGUCGCAGUGGUGAAUUUGUCAAGUCUGUGCUAGUCCAUGCCGUCUUCCGCACCGCGUGGGACGCAAAGCAGUAUCAUACCCACGCAUAUAGGCGACCACCACCGACGGCGAACGGCAACCAACUCUGGCGCCUGGAAGCCGACGCAUGUCUCACGAUUCUCAGCCAAUGCUUUUCCCUGCAAGUCGACUCAUCUCUAUCGGUACACAAUGCAGUCUCAAUCUCCAUGACGCACAUAUUCCUCUACACCCCGCUUCGCACACUCUACACGUCCGCCGGCCUCCACGCCACCUCCUCAGCACUCAUAGAAGCACGGCGGGAACUGGCGAAAUGGAUACAGAGUCCCGAGACAUGUCGCGAUGCGCGGGUCGCCGUAAUCCACGCUGGCCGGGUAUUCCAGCUGAUCCGCCGCUAUCCCGGGCGUGGCUUCCACGAGUCGAUCCUGCUGCUGUACGCCGCGCUGAUCCUCUGGGCAUAUGGAAAGUAUACCGGCGGGGGCGAGGGAGCGAGCGAAACCUCGUCGGUGUCGAACCUGGAGGGCCUUGAGGGGGGAGUGGGCGAGGGCGGGACGCUGAGACUCGAUAUCGAUCUGGACGAGGACGCGGCGCAGUGGAUUGAGAGUGGCGGCGAUAGGAGGAUCGUCCUGGCGGGGGUCGGGAAUAUCUGUACGUGUCCUGAGAGAGUAUUGAAGGCGGCGACGGAGACGAUGAGGGAAAUUAGUAGAGUCUGGAGGAUGGGGGAGGGCUUGGGUAUUGUGCUGGAGAGUCUGAGGACAGCAAAGGCGGCGAUCUGA